AUGACAACCGCGGUGCCCCUCGAGAAUGCUACAUUCAUUCGCCCCCAUGCAUUUUACAUCAGUGGAUUGCAAAACAUGCCACAUUCAAAGUAUUACUAUAUGUUUUUGUGUUUUGUAUACGUUGUGACUAUUUUAGGGAAUUCUUUUAUAAUGGGCACUAUAUACCUGGCACGUACUCUGCACACAGCUAAGUACAUAGCUGUCUUUAACUUGGCCUUGUCUGAUAUGUGUGGAAGCUCUGCUCUUAUUCCCAAGUAUGUAGACUUGUUUCUGCCUGAGAACCAGUACAUAUCUUUUGAAGACUGUCUGGCAAGCAUGUUUUUUGUUUUUCUCUUCAUGAGCCUGCAGUCCUUUACUCUGCUUGCUUUAUGCUUUGACAGAGUAAUUGCUAUAUGUUUUCCUCUGAGGUAUCAUGCUAUUGUCACCAAAACCACAAUGACUCUGAUCAUUGGUGUUAUGUGGCUUUUCGCUGUAUUUAUUAUUACCAUUCUUGUAUCUCUGGUUACCAGAUUGUCCUUCUGUGCAUCUACAACAGUUGGCAGUUAUUUCUGUGAUCAUGGCCCUGUCAUCAAACUAUCCUGUAAUGAUAAUACUCCUAAUUACAUGAUGGCCGAUACCUAUAUUAUUUUAGUUCUUUGCAUUCCAUUAGCGCUCAUAGCUUUCUCAUAUGUUUGUAUUGGUGUUGCAUUGCUUAAGAUCUCACAUGGUGCUGAACGAAUGAAAGCUAUGAAAACUUGCACUUCCCAUCUAAUUUUAGUAGGCAUGUUUUAUGUACCAAUCUUUAGCAUUUAUAUGUUGACUCUUACAACAACUGUACAUACAAAUACUAGAAUAUUCAACUCAGUCUUAGCACAAGCAAUACCACCCAUGUUAAACCCCAUCAUAUAUACUCUGAAGACAGAGGAGGUAUUGCAGUCUAUUAAAGUACUCUACAAACGAAUCAAGGUGAACUUUGCAAUAGAAGAUCCUGUGAAAAGCAUAGCAAAGAAUUAA